CUUACAUCCUCGAGUUUCCCAUUUUAGAGCACCUCUUCUUUAAAAACUGGUUGAUUGGUAAGUGACUGUAUAGUAUUAACCUUGUUCACUUCCUAAAAAUAAUCACAUUAUAGUCACCAUACUUGCAAAUUUCUGCACGUUUUUUAAUAUCGUAUAUAAGUAUUAGUAUUGUAUUCGUAAAUAGCAUAAUUAUAUUGAGUGUAUUCGAGCAACAUUUUGAUUAAUAAAUUCCAAAAAGCUCUUUAAGUCGUUGAUCUUCUUCUUAAGUCGUUGAUUUUAGCGACAAAACGGGAAACCGGAGAAAUAUAUCACUCUGAACGGUGGUGUUCUCCCAUAGGUUACAUGGACCGGCAGAGCAUGGUUUAUGUCUUGUUUCCACGAUUUGAAAUUACUGGUUUAGGUGAUAGAUUUUUGGCUGAGAUGGGGAACUGAUAAAGUUGGAUGGUAUAUAUUUGAACAUAAUUCGAAUGUGAAUUGUAAAUGUUUACAUUUCAAAGCCAAUUGAAAAUAAUAUGCAUAUAUAUGGUAUAGAUUUGGGGGAGAUAUUCGAGAUGUGACAUGGAAAGUCGUAUUUUUGGUCUAAAAUAGGCCGAGGGUUUGAGUCAUAUAUACCCAAGCAAAAUUUCUGAGGAGCCCCCAUGCAAGGAUAUUAGUGAAAAAAGAAUCCAACAACAUAUGGAACAAACAAGUUAUUUACUGUAACUUUUCGAGAUCCUCUGUAUAUAAGAGAGAUGUUUAAGUCGUUUUUUUAGUUCCCAGAACAAUAAGCAGCCUUGAUAUUUUCUGUGUUGGUGUAAUGUACUCAUGUGAAUAAGAUGCUUGUGAUGUUACUCUGAGUGUAUAUCCAUACCGGGCAGGCUUCAAAUAUGCCUGGCGACGGUAGGAAUCGUACCUACGACCAUUAGAAUACUAGCUCAAUGCUCUGCCAACUGAGCUACGCGGUCAGGUCGGUUCGAGUACGUUUUGUUAACAGCUGUUAGCGUUCGAUCGCGAUUAACAUGGUCAAAAUUCGCGGGCAUAAUGACAUUCUAUACUCGUUUUAGCCCGCGUGCAGGCCCAAGGGAAGAAUAGUGGGCCUGCAAGCAAGACCCGGUAUUUUGUACUUUCCGCGUUCGCCCACCAACGCGGCAUUCUGAUUGGCUGUUUGCUGUUUGAUUCUAUAAUUAGAUCACUGAUUCAUCACAAAGGCUCUCGAUAAGCUUAAAAUUCGAAAAUUGAUCACUUUUUUCGAUUAAAAAUGGAACAAGAACAGACUGUUUAUUGUUUACUUGAAGAAAGAGAUGUUUUUGCCGUUAUGCCAAUGGGGAUUGAUUGUCGUGAAGUGUUGGAAUAGCAACAUUUAAUACGACUGCCGGGGUAAACUACAGUAUAGUAACCUUUACUUGAGUUUCAUUAAUUUCAAGCAGACUUGAUAUGUUAUAUGUUCCUCAAGAAAAUUAUCUUUUGGUUGAUGUUGACUCUGUUCUUGCACUGAAGAGAACAGCGCUUUUCGCGGUGAAGAUUUAAAGGCAGUUGCAUGUAUAAAGUCUAUUCGAAACACUUUGCGAUUUGCAAGGCUUCGCUGAGAGAGCGAGGCAGAAGACGGUAAUUGCCGUUUGAAACGAAACGAUCUGGACUCUGAACCCUCUCUUCUUUUGUAGAGUUCUUUACCAAAUGAAAUAACUGAAAUAAAUUCGUACUUUCCGCCGCCAACAAGAAUUGCACACACGAUCUGAUAAGUGAGACAAUUUAUUUAUAACAACGGCGACAGCGAAGCACACAUUUAAAUGCUAAUGUGGUCGCACGACUUCCCUCACGAUUUGAAGUUUGAGACUGGUUUUCUGUUGAAAUUCGUCCUAAUUUGCCUGUUCCGAUUUUAGUUGAAAAUGAGCACUUGCAAAUUACUGAUUGCGUUGCUUGCUUUUUUGGAGUUAAAACACAGCCAUUUACACAUUGUUUCUAUUUUGAAUAUUAAAGCAGAGAAAACCCCGCAACAUUUUAAUGCGAGUUUGUUUGUUAAUAUUUGGGUUGUUGUCAUUGGUUCUUUUUUUACAAUUGACGCGCGAAUGGGGCGUGUUAUGAAAAGGGGCGUUUUACAAAAUACCGGGCCUUGCUUGCAGGCCCACUAUUCUCCCCUUGGGCGUGCAGGCGGGCUAUACUCGUUUGUUAUAAACAAAUCACAAUUUAAAUAGGUUUCAAUUAUACCAGAAAAUUAUAAAACGCCAUAUUUCAAAUCGUAAAAUUCUAAAAUUCGGUGGACCGCUGCCUAGCAACUUUUCGAAUUCGCGGGUUGUAGAUUCAAGUCAGCUAGAAUUCAUGUAAGAUUGAUAAGAAAGAGAUUCAUAACGAACUUAGCUUAAUUUUUAGCACAUGUGUCUAUAACAGGUUAUUUAACUUUUCAUGACAGCCCUGCCGUUAUAUGAGAAUUAAUUAUGGCUGCGAUUCCUGGUCAAGAUUCAAUCAAUAUUGUCUCUGGAAUCAAGAAAAUCCCAGAUUAUAAGAUGCCAUUUCCGGUUUACGAUGUAAUUAGACAAUCAUUUCAAACAAAAAUUCUGAUUUUCACCAUGUAUUUACAAGGUUUUCAGCUCGACCUAACAAACAAUUUACGAUGGGUAACAAGAGUUUCCGUUGUUGGGCUGCAGGACACCAUGCCUCCGUGGAAAAUGGUCCACCUGCUUCGGUAAAAAAGUGCAAAGAUAUGGAGGAGGCAAUUAAGGAAGCAAACGAAUACGUGGAAAAAAAUCGUAAGGAUGGGUUCUGCACUGUGGGAUCUGAUUGCUUUUUGCAGUGCUGGCAAUUGAAGAAAGGAUGCAAAGCAAAGUUUGAGAAAACGUCUCAAAAUAUGUUCCUGUGUUAUUACCAUGGAGAACUAAGUAUAGACGAGAAAACAAAAGCUGAAAUUGAUAACGUAGAAAACUAUGAUUGGACCUAUCUCUACUAUGAAAAGUAAUGCAUUGAGCACAACUGAGGGCGGCCUUUCAUGUUCAAUCAUACUUGAACAUUUUUUACUAUAUACAUUUUAAUAUCACGAAAAUAGAUACGAAAUAAGUUUAGUUUUUUCAAUUUCGUUUGAAUUAAAUCUUUAAAAGGAUUUAACGUGUAGUUUAAAGCUAUAGCAUUACAAAAGAUUUAAUUGUGUAAUUCCAAUAAAAAAUGUAUUUACUCCAUUUUUUUAUUGAAAAAAUGUAAUUGUAACUGAGUUGUAAGAGAGCCAUUGGGCAGAGUGCAUUAUACCGAAU